CUCUGCCUUCAGAAGCUUCUCGGAGGAGCAGCUAUUGGAAAACUUUUCGUCUCUCUGGUCGUUGGUGCCGGUGUGGACCCCCCUACACCCACACACCCCAGCACCGUCACACACACACCCCUGCUGUCUCUGCGGCUUUACGCGCGAGCUUCCCUUUGCGCAAAAGCGGUCGACCUUCGCGUGGAGUGCUCCUCCGUGCGCACUCAUGGAUGACGAGUUCCUCUCGAACCUUCCCGCGGAGGCACUGAGCCCCAACUCCACUGAGGUACCCGGCCCGUGGUCGUCCGCGGACGGCGCGGAGACCGUACACUUCGUGGUGCGCUGCGUGAUGACCUCCGUGUAUAUUCUGAUCAUCGUCGUGGGUCUGCUGGGCAACAUCACGCUGGUGAAGAUCUUCAUCACCAACAGCGCCAUGAGGAGCGUGCCCAACAUCUUCAUCUCCAGCCUGGCGGCGGGAGACCUGCUGCUGCUGGUCACCUGCGUGCCCGUGGACGCCUUCCGCUACUUCUCCGAGGAGUGGGUGUUCGGAGAGGCGGCGUGCAAACUCAUCCCCGUCAUCCAGCUCACCUCGGUCGGGGUGUCGGUGUUCACGCUCACUGCGCUCAGCGCUGACAGGUAUAAGGCCAUAGUAAACCCCAUGGACAUCCAGACAUCCAGCGCUGUCUUCUGGACGUGUCUGAAAGCUGUUUCUAUCUGGCUGCUUUCCGUCCUGCUGGCUGUUCCUGAGGCUAUUUUCUCCCAAGUUGUCUCCAUGCAGGGUCACAGGGACAACACAAAUGUCACCUUUGUGAACUGCGUGCCCUACCCGCUGUCCAAUCAGAUGCAUCCUAAGAUCCACUCAGUGAUGAUCUUCCUGGUUUACUUCCUCAUCCCUCUGGCCAUCAUCUCUGUGUACUACUACCACAUUGCCCGCACGCUCAUCAAGAGUGCCCAUGACAUGCCGGGGGAAGUCAGCGAGCACACCAAGAGACAGAUGGAGACGAGGAAGCGUCUGGCUAAGAUCGUGCUGGUUUUUGUGGGCCUGUUCGCCCUGUGCUGGUUCCCAAACCAUGUCCUCUACAUGUACCGCUCCUUCCACUACCACCAGAUGGAUCUGUCGCUGGCCCACCUCGUCAUCACUCUUCUAGCCCGGGUCCUCAGCUUCUCCUCGUCCUGCGUCAACCCGUUCGCGCUCUACCUGCUCAGUGAGAGUUUCCGCAGACACUUCAACAGUCAGCUGCGAUGUGGUCGAGGUCCUCGCCCUGAGCGCCAAGCCAGCUAUCUGCAUAGCACCUCCCACAUCCGCCUCACCUCCAUCAAGAAGAACACGCCCACUGCUGCCCUCGCUCCGGCAGCCAAUGGAAACCCCAACAGACAGGAAGUGGCUCUGUGAAGCAGGACGCUAAGAGUCUGACAUUUUCAGCUUCACCUCCUCCCGAGUGUGAAAUGUUGGACUAUCGUAGGAGAGGUUUUCUGUUGCGGAGCAGCGAUGGAUGGUGGAGGGAAGGACAUGAGUCUUGUACAAGUUGAAUGGCUGCAACGGUCGCUCCUUUCCCAUCAGAGUUAUCGUCUACAUCCUUACCUUGGCAACCAAACAGAAAGUGCCUCUUAGAAAUACAAGACGGACAGUAUAAAAACUAAGAACACUUUUUUCCAGGAUGAUUCUCCAGAUUUAUUAAUUCAUUCACUGCCAAUGGCUGGCAGUGAAUGAGUUAACAGUAACUGCAUAAAAAAUAAAGAUGGAUGGAAUCAAAUUUGUGAGAAAAGCCUCACAGACUUCAAAGCCGACAGCAUGGCUGCAACGUUAGCAUAUCUGCAGCUAUUGCUCGUUUUCUCUGUGCUUUGCUGCCGGGAGGCUCACCGUCAAUGGACUCAUCUAAAAAGCCAUUUUUGUGUGUUGAUUUCACUGAGUGGGCUCGUUUGUCUGCUGCACUCAGAUAAAGGUUUCAGAACUCUCAGAGGAAAAAUGUUCACAUGUUAUCCAAGGAUGUCUCGGAGAAUGCUCGGAGGCUACUCAGUGAUGGGGUGUGGCCUGUCUUUAUCCGAACUCUUCCUAAAACCACUUUGGAGAUGAACGCACUUGAACCUGAAUCUGUUUGGUAGCUCUUUGUUUUGUGGCUCUGUUGCUUGCUGUAUCCACCAGGUUUUAACAGCUAACAGUCUUAAAACAUUUUUUGUGAAAAAUGCUUCUCUGGUGCCAGCUUUAGUUUUUCUGGAUGUCACAUUACUGGAAGCAGCCUUAAACUCUUUAACUUGCUGUGUGUGUUGAACUCAUAAGGACCUCUGAUGAGGACAGGGUCUGGCAGGGCUGCUCUCGUUAGCCCUCUGGUCCUUGAACAAUAAUACAGGCGGUUUGAGUUGGAGGCCAGCGGGCAUUUGUCCUCACCAAGGUCCUGCUUGUGUUUUCAUGGAGCAAAUCUGAAAGUGCUGCUGGGUGUUAGGAAAGCACCCAGUGUGGCCUAUUUCUGCAGGCGGUAGCAUUGCCAACCUGAGAAGCUCGAGCACAGAGUGUGAUCCAUAAUCCUCUGCUGGAAAGCUGCGGGUCACUUUCUCUUGCUUCAAAUUGAGUUGCUGGCCAAACAAUCUUGGGUCUGAUUGAAACUGACUGACAGGCACAUAGCUUAAGCUGCAGCUCUUGAUUUACUCAUGAGAAGAAAAUGAUCUUGCGAUGUGAGAUCGCUGAUUUACUUUAAUGUAUAUUUGUACAGGAGAAAUUCCCCUCACAGCCAACAAACAGCAGCUCUUGCUUUUCAUUUUAAAAUGAAUGCUGCUGUUGCCAUAGUUUUGGUGUUAAAAGGGGAACCUGAACCCGUCUGCUCACAUCAGCAGAGUCUCUGUUUUACUCAGAUUCCCUGAUGUUUCUGUUUUUGAACUGCAGACUUUAAUGUUGCUGUUGUUUGGCUGCCAAUAAACUGCAGAGUCUUUUGAAAGGCAGCAAACUGUUCCUCCUGCUUUUCAUGUCAUCCGUCUCAUUAUCCUUCGAGCUUUAAGAGACUUUUGCUCUCCUGAUAGGUUUGAAAUGUCUUUUUCUGUGAGUGGUUUUACUUGCCGAGUGUAGUGGCACGAUUCCAGGCUUUCAUUUAUAUCGGCCUCCACAGCUCUGAGAGAAGCAGAAGAAAAAACUGAUUUUUACUGAACUACCGACCCGACACACUUCAGCCCAAUACUGGACUUUAUUAUUGGCUCAAAUGUGAUGCAUACUUUGCAGUGCAAUCUUAGAUUGCAGAUUUAAAGUGGAUUAUGAUCACAGGUGACCUCCAGAGGUAUUACAAAUUUCACUGACAUCAAUAUUUGGAGCUUUGGCUCACGAGAGUAUUUGACAAUGGAACCGGAGAUGUAAGUGAAAAAAGGGAAAAGCAGAUUGAUUCCAAUUUAAGAAGCUGUUAAAGCAACAUAGAAACAAGAGGGCUUUAAAUGUAGAUUCAGGGUGUUCUGGAACAUUAAUAAGAGCUAAAUUAUAGGAAGUGCUUUGCUUCCAAACAAAUAUUAUUUGGUGAAUUAAUUGUUAGCCUGCUUGUAGAUAAAUGCAAAGCAUUGCCCUGCUGUGCACUUCAUGAAGACUCCUCGGGUUAUGAAGUAAGAGCGACUAGUUUGAACUCCCUUUUCCUUCCAUAAUUACUAACUAAUUGCAUCACAAAUUUUUAUGGACCUGUGAAAUAAAGAAUUACACAGGCUUAUGCUCUUGAGGACAGAGCUGUGACACUCAUGCUCAUUUUUGAUCUCCUCAAUGAAUCCUGUUACCGACUGUUAACAAUCAGGAGCAGCUCCUCACCCAUCCAUGGAACAAGAUUACCAUCAUCACCCGACAAUAUCUUGCUCACCUGUAAUUGAAGUCACCGCAGAAUCAGAUUUUGAUAAUAAGCCUUUCCUGGUGAAUGCAAAACCUAACAGAGCUUUGUGCUUCUGCCUUAGCGUCAACAGCUGAUGGAGUAUCUGUGCCAUAUUUUCAAAGAGAUGCUGUGACGUCCUGUUGACCGUGUUUUGGUGUCAGUUUUCUUCUCUUUUAAACUGAGUGUGUUUUCUUUGAUGUUGUGCAUGCUUCACCUUCCUGUGUUGGAAAGUCCUGUUCGAAUGUCAGUCACAGAAUAAAUGCUUCUGCACAGGCACACACUCACACACCAAUGCCCACCAAUGCAGCAUCAUUGCCAUAUUUUAGUAGAAAUAAAUGUUUUUUAAAGGCUUAUUUAAAGUGGAGAGAGGACAGGUUACAGGGCAGCCUGGCUGCUGGUCGUCACCUCAGGCUCGUAGCUUUUAAAUUAGACAAUCAAAUGUAAGAAGCUGAAAUUACAGCGUGCAGGCAGCUGUCAACGGGCUAUAAGGUUCACAUCUGUUGAACCUUAUAGUUUGACCAUGGCUCAGUUUCACAGAAUAACCUUCAUCAGAACUUUUAUGGAUUCAAUCAGGCCAGUGAUAAACCAGGCAUGGCUCGAAACCCUUAACUAGUGAAAAUAUAGUAGUCUGUGUGUGUGUGUGUGUGUGUGUGUUUUACGUCACCAUUAAAGGGCAACAGUGCAGAUGGAUACACACUUCAGUUGCAUCUGCUUGAGUCUUUUGUCGGUUUAGUGGAAUGAGCAGCAUCUCUGAGCCGCUAUCAUGUUCAUCCUGUCACUCUGUACGCUGUCAUUGCCGCCAGGGGUAAAAAUGACCGUUUUGUCUUUUAAGGAGGCUGGUGUGAUGACAGUCAUGCCAAAACAUCUGGGCAUGGAAGAAAGAGGAACAUUUUAGUUUUUAGUGUAGCUCAAAACUUUUUAAAGAAUUUCAAUCUACAAAGAAUUAGAAGAACGCUCACAGAAGGCUACAUACAGCAAGGCUUCUGUCUGUUUCUUAAAGUUUAAAAAAAGUGACUCAUAUCCAUGUUAAAAAUUAAGUUCCACUUUUUCUCUGAGCUUUGGAAAGCUUGUUUUUUCCCCCUGAAAUCUAGCUGCAGAUUGUCAGAUCUGAGAACUAAAGGUUGAUGAUUGGCGUUCUUGCCUGAAAAGGGACUCGGAUAGUCAAACCGCUUGUUGCAGCUCUAAUUCCACGUCUCGGCUCAUUAAACCAAAUAUUAAUUGUCCAAUCAGUUUAUGUUCCAGUGCCAAGAUCUCUCCACAAUAUGUGUUUUUUCUCAGAUAUAAAGAACCACUGAAAGGAAUCGAGCAGUUAAUCCGGGGUUCAUGUAUCACGCCUGCUUUGUUGAAUUGCUGACUGUGAGGAAAGCUGUCAGCCUGUUCUGUGCUUGCAAACUGCAGAGCACCUCAAACUUGACCUGAAAGGAGCAUUUGAAGGAGUGUUUCCCAGCUAGCUGCCCACCCUGGGUUUCUGUUCAGAAACAUGUAAUCUGUUGGACGAGCUUGUAUAUUUCUAACUUUAUAAAAGGAUCAGCUACACUCUGUCAGAGUUUCCACAAACUGAAACCAGAAUUUGAGACUGAUUGAAUGUUAUUAAAAUGGACCAGGCCUUAACAACUAUUUAAUCUGAUUAUUUAAGCAUUAUUUAAGCACUGUGUGAUAACAGCAGCUCCCCCACCACAUCCAAUCAUAGCAAUCUAUCAAACUGUGUCCAUGACAAAAGUAAUGAGAAAGAGCUGUUCCGGUCCUGAAAUCUGAAAUCCUUCCUUCUCUGUUUCACCUUUUUGACUUUGCUCUGUUUGUCUCUGCAAGACUUCACUUUCUCUAAUCAUUCUUCUGUUUAUAGGACGUCUGUCUGUCUCUUUAAAACUAUCCAGUUUCUGACAGGAGACUACAGAAAAGGAAAGCAGUGGCUGUUUCGAGGUUCUUAGGUCAUGAUUUCUAGUGUCAUCUUGAGACAUUUUGUUUAUCUCUACCAAAUACCCAAAGCUCUUUGAAAAAAACAAAGAAAAAAGUAUGCUAUCUGCUCAGACAUUAACUAUGAAUACCCGCACCAACCGACACCACCUGUGUGUGUGGAUGCGUCUAAACAUCAACUGUGUGGGGUUGCAGGGAAAGUAGGACCCAAAUGCAGGACUCUGUAAUGAACACAGUGCAGUUAUUUACAGUGAGGUAAAUAUUAACGCAAUGAUAGAUCCCUGUGUGUCCCCGACUUCUAUGCCGUGUCUUUUCCCAGUGUCCAUGCUCCGUGUUUCCCUCUCGUUGGGAAAUCACAGACGCAGCCAUUAGUACAUUCACAACAGCAGCAAACUCACACUUACUGACUGUCUUGCUUAGAAACUAACGGGAAUUCUUGCAACGAUCUGGCAUCGACGCAAGGUCAGCCACUCUCCCAAGUAACUCCCACAGACGAGGCUGAUCCGGUGCAUGUCCCGGUGGGACACACUCUCUAGACCUGUUUCCCAGGAAAACCAGGACAUCGCCACACACACACACACGUACACACACAC